AUGGGUGUAGGAGCAGGGGUGAAGGGGGGUAAACUAUUCAGUGUCAUAUGGAUCAACAUUGCUUGGUUACAUUACAUUUACCCAGAACAGGCAAUGGCUUACCCUCGCUUGUUGGCAUUAUUUUGGGUCCUGGCAGUAUCCGUUGUAUACCUCUUUGUGGCACCAGUCGACUCAGUGGAUGAAGAACAGAAUGUUCCUGAGCUUCCUGAAAAACUUUUCCCUGUAGAUUGUGAUGCACUCCCCAAAGACAGUCCCAGCGGAGUGUAUGUGAUCAAGCCCAAUUCUUCACCACCUUUAGUAGUCCACUGUGAAGUUGAUAAAGAUGGUAACCGCUGGACUGUGGUACAAAGGAACUCCCUGAAAACUGAACUCACUUGGCUGGAGUCCUGGUCCACCUUCAAAUAUGGUUUUGGCAAUGUGCUUCAGGAUUACUGGUUGGGCAAUGAAUAUAUCCACCUUCUUACCUCCCAGCGGGUUUACAUGGUACGCUUCUUGCUGAAAGAUAAGACAGAUCAAGAGUGGUAUGCGGACUAUGAUGUAUUCAGCAUUGACAAAGAGGUUAACGGAUAUUCCCUUCGUCUGGGUCGAUACUCAGGCACAGCCCCAGACUAUCUCACCACCUAUGAUGCAGGUAAUAUACACGAUAACAUGAAGUUCUCAACCAAAGACAAGGACCAGGAUAGAAGCAGCUCUCACUGUGCCAGCAGCUACGGGGGAUGGUGGUAUGAUAAUUGCCAGCUUGUACAUCUGAAUGCCAAGGGCUACAUCAACUGGAAGUCUGUCUGCAGUGGAGAUUGUUCUCACUCCAUGAUAAUGGUCAAACCCACAGAAAACGUAUAGGGAAAGGUGUUCACUCUUUCAUCUGAUGCAGCCACGGGCAUGUUGUUUAAUGCAAACACCCAGUAGCUCCUAAUGAAUCAAAUGACUCCAUUUCCAUUUGUGUUGGAAACCUUGCUAAACACGGUGGAACCAGGAAUCACACUGACGGCUAUUGCAUUAUUCAUUAUUCAUCUGAUGGCCACAGAACACUGUAUAUUACAAUAAUUCUACUUUUAAAUAAACCAUGACAUCUCA